CGGUCAAAGUCCAAGUUGGAACUAGGGAUUAAUUGUUUUUGAUAUCAAAUCAUAGUUUGUGUCGGCCUGUCACCAAAAUCGUUAACCUUAUUCUUAUAAAGCUUUAAUUAUAGGGCUAAUAGAAUGAAAAAGAACAGUAUUCUGUGACCCGCACAGAGCAGGGGUGAUAUCGGAAUAUUGCUAUGCAGUGGGUUAGGAUUUUGUAAAUAAAAUUCGAUCGAAUAUACAUGAGAAAUACCAACUAGCUACAUUUCUAUCGGAAAUCAGGUUGAUGAAUACAAUGACUUCAAGCCAAGUUACUCAGAUUAGUUUGGAAGCAUUGCUUUUACGAGCCACGAAUCCUAAUAAUACAGUUAUCGAUAGUGCAGCAGUAGACGCAUUUUGCGCGCUUGUUAAUAAAGAAAAGGACGGGACACAGAUCGGGGUAAAAGUUUUUGCUAGUAGGCUUCCAAUUGGAAAUGAAGCAGAAGUAUUGUUCACUUUGAAUGUAUUGGAUUUGUGUAUGUCGAAAUGUGGCACUCCGUUUCAAAACGAAGUAGGGAAAUUCCGAUUUUUAAACGAAAUGAUCAAGCUUGUAUCUCCAAAAUAUUUAGGAUCCAAAACGCCCUUAUCGGUUAAAGUGAGAAUACUUGAACUGCUCUAUAUAUGGACUUUGGAUUAUCCGAAAGAGGUGAAAAUUAAGGAAGCUUUUGAUAUGUUGAAGAAGCAGGGUGUUGUCAAAGAUAUUCCCAAUCCAAACAUUCCUCAAGAAGCUUUAUUAUAUGAGAAGAAAAAAGUAAGUGGAUCUGUUUUCCAUGAUGAGGAAAAGUCAAAUAUUUUAAGGAAGUUGUUACAAAGUAAAGAUCCUGAAGAUAUCCAGGCGGCUAACUGGCUUAUUAAAAGUAUGGUAAAGGAGGAAGAAAAAUUAUCCGAUUUAAAAAGCAGGGCGAUAUCGGAAUUGGAAUCGGUCCAAAAUAAUCUGAAAUUACUCAACGAAAUGUUGGGCUCGUACAAAAAAGGUAUUACCACCACUAGUGAGUUAGACCUGAUGAAGGAGCUCUAUGAUAAUCUCGUCAGAUUAAGACCUAAUCUAACAGCCAUCGCCUGCCAUAAUAAUCAAUGUCCAUCUGAUUUGUUUGAUUCAAUAUCAAAAACGAGCGACGAAGUAACCGAUACUCUAUCGAAGUACCAUAGAAUCAUUCUCCUAAACGAACCGGCUAGUUUUUCUCAAUCGAACGUGGCAACACCAUUUUCAGAAUCCGAUCCGUCUUCUAGUGACAUUUCUCUGAUCAAAAUGGAUAACAGUGAGCCCCAAAAGCACUGCUCGCCUAACAUUUCUGUGUGUGAUCAAAUUUACGUCAAAUCUAUCGACGUUUUGUGCGAUCUGUUUGAAGGACAAGACAAGGUCAACAGUAGGGACAUUUUAAAACCCAUUUCUGUCUCAGUGUCUGAUAAAUCGUUUCCCAUGGAGCAAAACGGUAACAGGAAUAAUAAAUUUAAGGCGCUUGAGGAGCUAGACGUUUUAAGCGAGCACUUAUCGAAAGAAAAUUUACAGUCUUCAAGCUUUAGGCACCAAGGGAAGAUACCUAUGAACCUUUACAAGACUAACGACCAUUCGCGAUCCCAAACCGACGAAUCUUUCCAAUUAGAUCUCAAUUAUUUGUUAGAAAAGUGUCAAAAUGAAAGUAAUACCAAAUUGCUAACAGAGGCGCCCAAUUCUACAGAGAGUAAUGCUGACGUCACGGACGACUGUUUGGUAGAUAUAUCGGAAGACAUUUCCAAAUGUACAUCUGGUAUUGGUAACGAUUUAAAACAAGGCAUUAGUGCUGAAAAAAACGAUAAAACCGACCUCAAGAUCGACAGCUUAAAGUUGAACGACGUGUCUAUAAGAUUGGAGGAGAUUAAACCCAGCUCAAAAAAGUCCAUCACAGCGAUGGAGGAGAAGAACGGAGUUACUAUUUUAAUUCAUCUGGCGAAGGAUCGGCCUAGGUCGGGCGUUUCGGUUUACGUCCUCAGUACGAUAAGCAAAAAGGAUGUGCCAUUGUCCGGGUACAUUUUUCAAGCCGUCGUUCCGAAGGGUUGCAAAUUAAAACUCCAGCAACCAUCUUCCAGAGAACUUCCAGCGUUCAAUCCAUUUCUGCCUCCCGCGGCGAUUACGCAGAUAAUGCUGGUUGCAAAUCCGGAAAAUAUUCCCGUUAAUUUGAAGUUCGUUUUGACUUACGUCGCAGAUGAUGACAGUAUUACCGAGAUGGGUGAAGUUGAUUUGCCCACCGACGAGAGCGAUUAAAUAGUACGAUAAACGUUUGGUAGUGAAAUUUAUAGGACCACCUGCCAGCGUACCGCGGGUUGACGUUAAGGCUAUAUAGUUGUGUUAUUAUUUUACAGUUUUGUUUGUUUAUUUGAUCUCCUCUUCGUUUAAUAAAUAAAGGCAUUGCAAUGCAUGGUCUCAUAAAUUUCGCUAAUAUUCUGCUAUAAGUAAUAAUAGCUUGCAUUUAAGGUAUUUAUUUGUGAAUAAGAACAUGUUCAUUAUUUAUAUACCAAAGAAACAGUUAACUAACCACUAAAGAAUGACUAAAAUAUUUCAUUAAGUAGGUAGCGUUUUUUUUUUCCUUAAGCGAUUUAUAUAAAUCAUACAAAACAAGUCAUACGUAAAAAGAUUUACUAAAUUAUGUGAUUCGAAAAAUUUAAUUGUUUAAUUGUUAAAUUUAAAACCUUACUGAUAUAGUUUGGACCAACUAAAUUUUUAUCGCAUUGACGUUUCAUGUGUUAAAUGCAGCUAAUAUGCAACCACAAAAUUUUCUAAAUAGUAAAUUAUUCUAUAAUACUGCUACUAAUCAUGCUAAUACUAAAUACUUGUUUUUACUUACUGCAUCUAACUAGAAGCCGAAUCAUAUUUGCCUCUUUAUUUAGGCAUGUGACUGUUACCAUUUUUUAAAUUGAUGUGUGUCGGAGUAUUGAACAUUUUUGAGGUUCGCCUUACUCCGUCUCUUGACACUCCAAGACUCUUUGUAGAAAAUGAAAGCUGCGUCAGUCAAGAUUAAAAGUUUAUUUGGUCCAAACUAUAUAUAUAUAUUUAUAUAUAUAGAGAUCAGACAUCUAUCGAACUCAUUACUUAUAUUAUACUGUUUUAAUUAAAAAUGAUUUUAAUGUUUUAAGUAUAGUUUUGUUGAAAAUAAAUGUUUUUUUCCAUCAUAUGAUUCUCUAUGGGACUUUAAACACGGAGUACUUCUGUUCGAGUUCGAUAGAUUGGUGAUCAUACUAUCCCCAUUCCAACUUGACAGCAGAUAUUUGUCCAUCAACAUGAAUCAAAUCACAUUAUUAUCAUUGCGAAGUCGGAGUAUCUCAAACAAUUCAAACGCUUUGUGUGAUUGUACCUCGAAUUGUACAAAAUAUGAAGUUAUCGUUAUGUGAUAUUUAUUAAAUGUGAUUUUACUUUACAAAUCUCUUAAUUAUUAUGUUAAUUUAUUCACGAGUUUUCUGUUUUUUUAUAUUGUGAAAUAUAUCGUUCCCUUUUACCAUUAAUUGUAUGAAUACUA